CGACGAUGCUGACGAUGACGACGACGAACAGUUGCCUGCAGCUCGAGGGACCAAGCGAUCAUUCGAUGACAUGUCAUAUGAAGAUACCGUGGUGCCGAAGGUCAAGAAAAACGCUGACGGUUCGCAUCGACACGUGAAAGCCAGCGACUUUGACGAAAUCUCGAAAGAGAUUCUCAUAACUGCUUGCUCCGUUUAUUGGUGUCUCAUUGUCGCACAGGCACCUUUUCCGGAUUCCGUUGCAGCUGAGACAAAACUGGCAAAAGAGGCCUGGCGCGAGGCAUGUCAACUCAAAGGUGUUGACGUCAAACUGACCCCUUCGGCGGUGAAUAUGGUGAGCACAGUAUUUUUAGUGCAUUCCUGGUCUUAUUCGUUCAAAGCUGUUGAAACGCGCUUCACACGUGCGAGGCGAACUCAAGACGAAGAUGCGUCCGCUCACGGCUUCCGCUCAAGUAAUUCUAUGGAGGUGAUAAGGUCAAACCGAGAUCUCGCAGAGAGAUUGAAAAUUGGCUCGAUCUUUGUUUUCAAGGACCCGUCAUCCAAGUCAGGCAUCUACAAGACCGAGUUGCUUCAACAGGGUAUCAACAGCAUGUGGUUCUUGAACCGAAGUGACGAGGGUGUCAUCUACCACAAAUACUUCGACCCCAUCCCUAUCAAAACUAUUGCGCUCGUGCUUAUGGCUAUAGAAUGUUGUGUUGAUGAGUGGUCGCAAGGCAUCAAAGAGGACAUCAAGUUCACAUCUGCUGGUUAUGGGGCCGUCUACAACCAUCAUUUCAGCUCACUGCAACGCUUUGAUGAGCGCACUGCACCUUACAAACUCCUUUCAAAAAUUCGUGUCGCAUCACUCAUUCCAUUGUCAGCUACAUCCCAGGCCCACAUCGACGAUGUGGCGUUUGAAGACGCUAUUCGAGAGUACCAGCGUGAGGGGAAGGAUGCGGCAGUCGAGGAUGAGGUCGAGGAGUAUGAGUAUCCUAGUAGCGAGGGUGGGGAUGAUGAAUAGGGAUGCAGUGAGUAAGACGUUCGUAUUAUGCUAGUUUGUGUUUCAGGUGGUUGAAUUUAAUUGUGACUACGAGGUUCUUUGGUGUGCUAUAUAGCUGCUGGUAGUAAUUUAUAGCUGCGUGCAGUAGCACUCCGACAAACUACGGUAGUACCUUGUAGCUACUGGUAGUUACUAUGGGACUCUAUGGUGUCUACAUAGAGGGCACUUGACAACGGGGCUACUCGCGCUACCCUGACUAUAUAGCACUAUGUAGUCACUAUGUUUUUUCCUGAUG